AUGCUUUCCUUAGAGCAGAGUUAUUCGAAAUUGUUCCGACCUUGGGAUGUGAGUGAGAAAAGAGUUGAUCAAAUAAACUGUGACAAUAAUAUGACAACAUUAAAUCAAGAUCAUAAAUCAAAAAAGCGGUCAAUCGAUGAGAAACGAGAAAACCGUCUGAGAAAGAUCAGAGGUACUUUCAAGAAGAACGACACUGAAAAAGUUAGCGUGCACCAAGACGCCACCGUGUCUACAACAACUGUAGAUGUCGACGAUAAAAAACCUAAUCUCGAAUCGCCAGUUGCAAGUUUGACAUUAUGCUGCGACAGGUUACUUCAGGAACCAGAGAAAUCUAUCUCUAAAAACGAAACAAAAGCUGAAGAGAUACCGAAAAUGGACGCUUAUUCGCCAAUGGCGCAGUUACCUCAUACAAUCUACCCGCCGUUUGUGCCAGAGUACCUUCCAGCUACAGACAUAGCUCAAGCUUUAGGAGUACCACCUACCGACCCAUUACUCCUCGAAUCAUUAGCUCAAGGAUACGCCAUGGAGCUGGAGUAUGCCAGAAUCUUACAACAGGAAAACGAAGCCAAACUCCUGAACGCGCGGAAACAACGGCCGAAGAAGUACAAAUGCCCUCAUUGUCAGGUAGGCUUUUCAAAUAACGGUCAGCUGAAAGGUCAUAUUAGAAUACAUACUGGUGAAAGGCCUUACAAAUGUGACGAGAAGAAUUGUGGGAAGACGUUUACAAGGAAUGAAGAGUUGACGAGACAUAAAAGGAUACACUCUGGAGUGCGUCCUUACCCGUGCCCGACUUGCGGGAAGAAGUUUGGCAGAAGAGACCAUUUGAAGAAGCAUACAAGAACACAUUACCUUCAGGCAGAGAGAAUGAUGCCUGUUUUUGUGCCUCUAUCAGCCAUGCCUCAUGUUGGAGGCUUCCCGUAUUUAUAUGGCUAUUGA